AUGUCUUAUCCAGAUGAGCCAGAAGACAGUCUUGUACAUGAAGCGACUUGGGAUAAUAUUAUCGCUGAGGGCUUUCCUACAGCAGCAACGCCACCAAGUGCAUCGCCGCAAGACUACGAAUUCGCCCAAUCGUCUAUAGCCCGGCAAUACACAAAAGCGUACCCAACCUUCCCCUCCAUCAUUGCUGUUCCAAUGCCAUAG